GUCAGCCUGAAUGAUUCUCACAACCAGAUGGUUGUCCACUGGGCGGGAGAGAAGAGUAAUGUCAUUGUAGCCUUGGCCCGAGACAGUGCAGCAGCUACAGGACCCAACACCAGCUCUGUGUAUGUGUCGUAUGACUACGGGAGGGUUUUCACACCCGUGUCUGACAAGUUCAAAGUGCCAGGAUCACAGGUGAAGGAUGGCAGCAGACUGGUCAUCUCCCAGUUCUACCACAGCCCUGCAGAUAACCGCAGGUACCUUUUUGUAGACUCCACCAACAAACACCUGUGGAACACCUUUGACUUCUGUAAGAAUGUGCAGGGCUUCAUCCUGCCGUUCAAACCCACUGACCUGCUGCUUCACUCCAGACGAGCCAACCUGGUUCUUGGUUAUGACAGCUCUCAUCCAAACAAACAGUUGUGGAAGUCCGAUGACUUUGGGGAGACAUGGGUGUUGAUCCAGGAGCAUGUGAAGACCUACUUUUGGGGUGUACAGCCGUAUGAUCCCCCCACCACGGUGCUGGUCCAGAGACAUGAGCCUCAGGGGUUCUCCACUGUACUCAGCAGCACCGACUUCUUCCAGAGUGAACAGAACCGCAGAGUAAUCCUUGAGCAAGUCGACAGCUUCCAACUCAGAGACAAGUACAUGUUCGCUACCAUCAAACAGAAGUUGGUCGGCAGCCAUGAAGCUUCGUCUGUUCAGCUCUGGGUCUCCUACAACCGGCAGCCAAUGAAAGCAGCUCGUUUUAUGACUCGACAUCCAAUCACAGUGAGUGUUUCUUUCAUCUAUACUGAAGAUUUAUUGAAGUUUUCUUCCAGAUUCUUUGCCAACGAACCGUUUGCAGAUCUGCACCGUGUGGAGGGUCUGCGAGGCGUUUUUAUUGCCACGCUCAUCAACGGCUCGGUCAGUGAGGACAACAUGCGAUCUGUCAUUACUUUUGACAAGGGAGGGACGUGGGAGCUGCUGCAGCCGCCUGCAGCCGACAGCCUGGGAGGAACUGUGGAUUGUCAGCUCAGUAAAGGUUGCUCUCUCCACUUGGCCCAGCGCUGGAGUCAGCUGUUCAACAUUCAGCUGAGGAGAAUACCUGUUCUGUCCAAGGACUCUGCACCUGGACUCAUCAUGGCUACAGGAUCUGUUGGCAGGAACUUGGCCAACAAGCCCAAUGUGUACGUGUCCAGCAGUGCUGGAGCUCGGUGGAGAGAGGCUCUUGCAGGCCCUCAUUUUUACACAUGGGGUGACCAUGGUGGCAUCUUGAUGGCCAUUGCACAGGGAGGCUCUACAACACAUCUCAAGUUUAGCACCAAUGAAGGAGAGACGUGGACUGAAUUUAAGUUCUCAGACAAGGAAGUUUAUGUUUACCAGCUGCUGACUGAGCCUGGAGAGAAAAGCACCAUCUUCACCAUCUUUGGGUCGUACGCUGAGCAGAGGCACAGUUGGCUCAUUCUGCAAGUCAACACCUCAGAUGUUCUUGGUGUUCCUUGUUCUGAGGCCGACUACAAACGCUGGUCUCCAUCAGACGAACAUGGUAACGAGUGUCUGCUGGGCAGAGAGGUGACCUUUAAGAGACGAGCUCCUCAUGCUACCUGCUUUAAUGGAGAGGACUUUGACAGACCAGUCACCAUCUCCAACUGUUCCUGCACACGCCAGGACUAUGAGUGUGACUAUGGCUUCAAGCUGGUUGAAGACUUGUCUUUUCAAGUGUGUGUGCCUGACCCUGAGUUCCUGGGUGACCUUUAUGCUCCUCCAGUCCCUUGUCCUGUUGGCACCACCUACCGCCGGAGCAAAGG